AUGACGGGCAUACACGUCAGGAGACGGAACACCAGGGAAGGCGGGCAAGGGAAUGUCUUUGUUGUUGGAUAUGAGGGGGACGACGACCCCUUAGAUCCGCAUAACUGGAGUUUUGCCACACGGAUUAGAUGCACCUUCACCGUGGCGGGUAUCGGUUGUGUAGUCGGCAUCGCCUCGGCCAUCGACUCGUCUGCAAUAUCGGAGACGGCUGCCGAGUUUGGCGUUAGCGAAGUCGCAGCGUCUUUGGGCACCGGAUUGUUCCUCAUCGGCUUUGGUGCCGGGGCACUCUUUGCUGGUCCGAUCUCUGAGACCGUUGGGCGGAAUCCGGUGUAUAUCGCCACACUGGUGCUAUACAUGAUCUUCAUUAUGGCAUCGGCACUUGCACCCAACUUUGGGGCCUGGUUAGCCUUCCGGUUCAUUGCAGGCAUUUUUGGUAGUACUCCGUUGACGUGUGCCGGUGGAAGCGUAUCAGAUCUCUGGAGACCUCUGGAAAGAGUCUGGGCGUUUCCCAUCUUCGCGAACGCGGCUUUCACCGGGCCACUCCUGGGACCAGUGAUGGGCGGAUGGAUUGCGCAGUCGUCUGUCCUCAGCUGGCGCUGGACGGAAUGGAUUACCCUGAUUAUCUCUGGCUUCGUGCUUGGCCUUGUCGUCCUGUUUCAGCCCGAAACUUAUCCUCCGAUCCUGCUGAAGUGGAAGGCGGCGCAUCUCCGCAGCAUCACGGGUGAUGACCGGUAUCGUGCUGAGCUUGAGGUGCGACAAGAAUCGUUUGGGCGUCGCUUGAAACGGGCUCUUUGGCGUCCUAUAUUACUGACAACGCGGGAGCCCAUCAUCAUCCUCAUUGCACUUUAUUUAACCGUUGUAUAUGUUGUGCUGUUUGGCUUCCUAGACGGAUUUGACUACAUCUUCGCUGGCACGUACGGGACGUCGCAAGGCAUCACGGGUAUUUGUUUCCUGGGUAUCAUAGCUGGACUAUUUGGGGCUACCGCGCUCGUACCGAUCAUUUACAAGUGGGCUAAGCACGAUCUGCACAAGAUCAAGGAGGCAGGAGGCGAUCGUCUUCCUCCAGAGUUCCGGUUGUGGUUCAGUAUGCUUGGUGGCGCCUUCGCGAUUCCGAUCUCGUUGUUCUGGAUGGGCUGGACUGCACGCCCAGAUAUUUCGAUCUGGAGUCCGCUGGCGGCUAGUGUUUUGUUCGGCUAUGGCAUUUUGUGUGUGUUCAUCUCCUGCUAUCAAUACAUCAUCGACGCGUACGAGACGUACUCGGCCAGCGCCCUGGCCAGCGUUACUUUGAUUCGUUAUAUGGCAAGUGGUGGAAUGGUCGUUGCCAGUAUACCAUUCUACCAGAACCUGGGAGUCGCGUAUACUUGUACAAUUCUAGGUUGUAUCAGUGCUGCUUUGGUGCCGGUUCCCUAUGUGUUCUACAAGUACGGUCCAUGGAUCCGGUCAAAGUCCAAGUACGCUAUCUCAACCACCACAAAGUAA